AUGUUGACGACGAGAAAAGAGGUGGCGAUACUGGAGGCAAAGCUGAGGUUAAGAGAAGACGAAGGACUGAACCGAGAGGAAGUUGUUUGUCGUGAAUCUUCAGUGGAUGUGACUGAUGAUGAUGGAAGCGCCAGUAAAUGUCUGGAUUCAGCGUGGAGCGGAGAUCAGACCACACCACAGCUAGACUCUGAACUCUCUGAAAAGAAAUCCAGACACACACAGGACUCCGAGAUCAGUCUCACUUUACUCUGUUAUACUGAGUCAAAGCCCACAGACGAUCAGGAGGACACAGCUGUGUGUGACAGUAAUCAGGUCUUACAGGAUGAGGAAUCUACUGAUCAAACCUCCACCAAGUCUCUGGAUUCUGUCUGUAACGCUGGAGAACAGCAGCAGAUCCUGAAGAGGUGUUCAGUCAAACUCAUUGACUGCAGGAACCUGAUAGAGAUAAGAAGAGAAACCACAACAGAGGAACAUCACACUGAUGAAGAUGACAAUCUUGAUGAUGAUGAUUUUGUUCCUUCAGAUGAGAAGAGCGAUUCAUGUUCUGACGGAGAACCAACGUCCUCAACAUCAAAAGAGCGACCGGCAGCACAAAGUCUCACAUGCGUCACCUGUGGAAAGACAUUGAGCUCAAAGAGAAAUUUAGAGAGACAUGAGAAACAACACACAGAGCAAAAACUCUUCACAUGCAUUAGAUGUAAGAUCAGCUUCUCUACCUUAGAAGAGAAGAAACGUCAUACACAAGAAGAGCACAAAGAGAAGUGUGAGCAGUGUGGGAAGAUUUGUCCCAGUUCUUCCGGUCUGAUCGUUCACAUGAGGACACACACUGGUGAAAAGCCUUUCCACUGCACCGAAUGCAACACAUUUUUUAGCACCAAACAAAGUCUUAUUAAUCAUACGAGAAUUCACACAGGAGAAAAACCGUACGGGUGUCCUCACUGUGAGUGGAGAUUUAUCUUCAAAUCCCAUCUGAUAAAACACGUGCGCAUCCACACCAACGAGAGACCGUAUCAGUGCAGUGAAUGUGGGAAAACCUUUAGGGAUGUAGGCUCCUUAAAAUCCCAUCAAAAAGUUCACUCUAGAGAGAAACUCUAUCCAUGUUCAUACUGCGAUAAACGUUUCAGUCAGAAAUGUCAGCUGAAAUGCCACGAGAGGAUUCACACCGGAGAGAAACCUUACCUCUGCACUCACUGUGGAAAGAGAUUCAGUACCCAAACUCAUUACGGAGUUCAUCAGAGAAUUCACACUGGAGAAAAAGCUUUUCAAUGUUACUUGUGUGAGAAGAUUUUCCGUCAAAAAUACACUUUAGUAAAGCACCAGAGAACUCAUACAGGUGAAAGACUUUAUAAAUGCUCUCAGUGUGAGAAGACGUUUGCUCGAUUGGAUAUCCUUAAGACCCAUCAGAGAGUUCAUAGCGGAGAGAAACCUUACCACUGCUCCGUCUGUGGAGAAAAAUUUGCUUAUUUAGGAAGUUUAAAUACUCAUCAGAGGAAACAUGCUGAAGUACAGACUACACCACAUGUGUCAAAUACAAAGCCUGCGGAAUGAUCAACCUUUUUAAUUCAGCUUGGCCCGCUACAAAUCCCAGCAAGCACAUUGGACGUGCUGGGCGCCAAACAUCAAGCGACCGCUACAUCUUGCGCAAUUAAAGACUUUGCUUGUGUAAAGUGCACAUGUGUGUAUUUACCAGCAUUAAUUUAAGAAAAUAAAUAAAUUAAAAAUAAAUGUGAAAUCUUUCAUUUAAAGGGGACAUUUCACAAGACGUUUUUAAGAUAUUUAAAUAAAUCUUUGAUGUCCCCAGAGUACAUAUGUGAAGUUUUAGCUCAAAAUACCAUAUAGGUAAUUUAUUGUGGCACUUUAUGGGUCUGAGCAAAAAUGCACGGUUUUUGUGUGUAUCCCUUUAAAUCCAAAUGAUCUGCUCAGGUGGGCGGAGUCUCGCUGUAGAGAAGACACAGCAACAAGAGGAAGAUUCUCUCACGAAAGAAGUUAGUAAGCGAUGCUAAGCAUUAUAUAUUUGAACAAGUUUAAAAAGUCAAUCAUCUGUUUUAUGCAUACUAAAUACAUGUUUAUCAGCAGAUGGGGAACAUUGUGGAAUAAAAAUAAAGACUUUUAGGUCUCAUCAUGCUGCCAGUGUUUUAAACAGGCACAAUGAUUUUCAGCAUGUUACAAUAAAAUACACGUCCACAAACACUCAGAAGUUUACUUUUUGACCAAACCACACGAGCACAUUUAAAUGAUUUGUAAUAAAACAACACAUUUAAUGCUAAAACUUGAGAGAAACAGAUCAAAUGACGUGUUUAAGUUUAUUGUGUAUGAUUGAACGCAUUCACGUUUCUGUCAGUCUCACUCUCUAUCUUGUAACUUCUCGUAUUCAUUUGAAACUUGAGAGAAACAUUAAACAACAUAUUUAUGCUUAUUGUGUAUGAUAGUGAAUACGUGUUGUUCUCUCACUCUGUCUCGUGCAGUGCAUUAAUCCUCGUGUUCAUUCAUAUAAACUUCAGAGAAACAUAUUAAACAACAUACUUGUAACCGUCGCGUUGCUCACUCUCACUCACUCUUCUCUU